UAUGAUUUACUGUUAGGCAGAAACUAUUUAGAGCAAACUAACUCUCAAAUUAAUAAUUCAACACAAACAGUCACUAUAAAUGGCUAUACAUUCAAAAUGUGGUACGACCACAUCCAAAUAAAUGAGUCCAAGGCUACCAAUGAGUGCCCCAAGUCAUCUAACCCAGAGGAAACCCCUCUACAAACUCCGAAAAAGAAGAAAACCCUCCUAAAAAUUAAGCGGAAACCCCACUUAAAACCAGAUGAGUCAAAGAACACCAAUGCGUGCCCCAGACCGUCUAAUUCAGAAGAGACCAAGAUUACCUAUGAGUAUCCCAAGCCUUCUAAAUCUGAAGAAAACCCUCUUAAUACCCCUUACAUAGAAGAAGCCCUUCUAGUAACAUCCUCUAACUACGCCUUAGACGACGAGUUAAGAGAAUCUAACGUAUUCAGAUUAGAACAUCUAAAUACAGAAGAAAGGGAACAACUUUCCCACGUUCUGCUUGAAUACAAUGAUAUUCAGUACAAAGAAGGCGAAAAUUUGACUUUCACAAGUAUGAUCAAAUAUUCUAUUCAUACAAAACACGAAGACCCUAUCUUUAAAAAACCAUAUAAGUAACCCCAAGCAUUUGAUCAAGAAGUCAACAAACAAAUCUGAUACCCGUUACUCAGAUAGUGGAAGUCCGAAGGGGAGUCUUCAACGUGGGCGUGGCAGCUUCGGGCAGUUUAUGAGCGUUAGAGUGGGCGUGGCAAAAGGUGUUUUGGCAA